AUGGCAGGGGGAAUCUCCCAAGCAACACUUCCGUUACCUCUGGCAGCUUUUGUGAGCCUCACCAUAACAUACAAGCUUGAUAAAGCAUCCGAACGGUUCCUUAACCUCGCCGGACCAGCUCUAGAGAACCUCGCCGCAAGCUGCCCAUGGCCAAGCAUGCCCAUCGUGGCAGCCUUGUGGACUCAAAAAGUCAAGCGCUGGAGCGACUUCCUCAUCUUCUCCGCCUCUCGAACCUGGUUCCUUUCUGUUCAUGAGUUGGAUGAGGAAGGAAACAGUGGGGGUCUAGUUUACAGUUUGGGAGGCUAUGCUCUGGCCUACUUCACUCUGCUCUGCGGCAUGUUUGCGUGGGGAAUCGACAAGACGUCGCCUUCGAAGCGAAGGCCGAGGGUCAUAGAAGCUCACAUGGAGUUCCUGGCAAGCGCGCUGGAUGGGAAGAUCUCGCUUGGGUGUGAUUUGUCUCUGUGGAGGGCUUAUGUGUCUGGGUUUUUGGGGUUGGUGGUGGAAUGUGCGGCGAGUUGGGUGAUGGAGGUGAAUCUGGGGGUGGUGAAGAGGCUGAGCAGAGGGCUGAGGAACUGGAAUCAGGAUGAGCUUGCUCUUGCUCUGCUGAGGAAGCGGGGAGUUGAAGCUAUGGGGGCUGCUGCUGAGGUGAUUCUUGCCGUUCAAUGGUGAUGGUGGAUGCAGGUGAUUUCUUUCGCUGCUGCCGCUUUUUGUUGUAAAUUUUAUUUAGUUUUAUUUUUAACGUGUAGGGGAGUAAAUUAAUAUUUGGAAUUUUACAAUAUUGUAUUAGUUUGGGGGGUGGGGGAGGUGUUUAAAAGAAACUAUUGUUGCUAACUUGAAGUUUAUAGUGUGUGUGAGUUGCCA